CCUCUACAUUUUCCUUGAAUAUAUACGUGCAGCUGCUCUCUGACUGCGAGCCGCCCCCAUUUUGAGCUCUCACAUUCCCUUCGUCACCAUCCUCAACCCAACAAGUUGUUUGCUUGCAUUCUGAUUGUGCCUUUGUUGGUCUGUUAUCGGCGGAGAGAGAGAGAAUUGAGGACAAUCAACUCUUUCUGCUGCUUACGGUCAAAUUCACCUUCCUCAUUUGUCGAAACUUCUUGAUUCUAGGAACAUUUGUUCAUCCAUUAAUUCUUAAGGGGCUCCUUUUGGGUUAGCGGCCAUGGCAGCCACAUUGCAUUUACGUGGACUCGUGACAUCUCAUCCAUGUUGCUCCAAGAGAGCCUCGUGCUUUCAAUCUGUUUGGGGACACCAUAAUCUUGGCCACCUGGUUACCCCUCUUCCUGCUCCUGGUUCACGUACGCAUCUGAAUGGGUCUCGUGGACAGCUGGCCCUUCGAAUUAAUUGUGUGGCUGGCAGGGUCGGCAUCCUAGAGAAGCAUGAUGUCGAGGACCAAGCAUCUGAACAAACUGCAAAUCAGCUGACGUGUGUGAUGAAGUUUGGUGGCUCAUCUGUUGCCUCGGCAGAUAGGAUGAGAGAAGUAGCUGAACUUAUUCGCAGCUUUCCUGAAGAGAGGCCUGUCAUUGUUCUUUCUGCUAUGGGGAAAACAACCAACAAGCUCCUACUGGCUGGAGAAAAGGCGGUCACUUGUGGGGUUUCAAAUGUGUCUGAUCUUGAAGAACUGACCUUCAUCAAAGAUUUGCAUUUGAGUACUGCAGACGAGCUUGGGGUAGAAAGGUCUAUAAUUGCAAAACACCUCUCUGAGUUGGAACAGCUUCUGAAUGGGAUUGCUAUGAUGAAAGAGAUGACUCUGAGAACAAAGGACUAUCUUGUCUCUUUCGGCGAGUGCAUGUCCACUAGGAUUUUUGCAGCAUAUAUGAAUAAGAUUGGUGUCAAAUCUCGUCAAUAUGAUGCCUUUGAAAUGGGUAUUAUCACUACUGAUGAUUUUACGAAUGCGGACAUUUUGGAAGCGACUUAUCCAGCUGUUGCAAAGAGGUUGUGUGGAGAUUGGAAUAGUGAUCCUGCAAUUCCUAUUGUGACUGGGUUCCUUGGGAAGGGCUGGAAAAGUUGUGCUGUCACUACAUUGGGAAGGGGUGGUAGUGAUUUGACUGCCACAACAAUUGGUAAAGCUUUGGGGUUGAGGGAAAUUCAAGUGUGGAAAGAUGUAGAUGGCGUUUUGACUUGUGAUCCUAACAUAUAUCCUGGGGCGGAGCCAGUGCCCUAUCUGACUUUCGAUGAGGCAGCUGAACUUGCUUAUUUUGGCGCUCAGGUUCUCCAUCCUCAGUCCAUGAGACCUGCCAGAGAGGGUGACAUUCCUGUUCGAGUGAAGAACUCUUAUAAUCCUAAAGCUCCAGGAACCCUUAUUACUCGAGCAAGAGAUAUGAGCCAGGCAGUACUUACUAGCAUUGUUUUGAAACGAAAUGUCACAAUGUUGGAUAUUGUCAGCACUAGAAUGCUAGGCCAAUAUGGGUUUCUUGCUAAGGUUUUCUCAACUUUUGAGGAUUUAGGCAUAUCUGUAGAUGUGGUAGCAACCAGUGAGGUGAGCAUCUCCUUGACAUUAGACCCUUCAAAGCUUUGGAGCCGAGAGCUGAUCCAGCAGGCAAGUGAACUGGAUCAUAUGGUUGAAGAGCUUGAAAAAAUUGCAGUAGUAAAUCUUUUACAGAACAGGUCCAUUAUCUCGCUCAUUGGGAAUGUUCAGAGAUCCUCACUGAUACUAGAGAAGACUUUUCAUGUUCUCCGGACAAAUGGAGUAAACGUCCAGAUGAUAUCUCAAGGUGCCUCAAAAGUGAACAUUUCAUUUAUUGUCAACGACAGUGAAUCUGAAGAAUGUGUUAGGGCUCUUCACGCCGCUUUCUUUGAGAGCGAUCUUACGGAACUUAUGAAGCUUUAUUUGAAAUAUGUAAUGUUGCAUCUCCGGUACAAACUGAAUUUGCCCAUCUCCGGCACCUUCAUCUGCAACUCACGAUUUUUCGGCAAGGCCUCGACCUUUUCCUCCAUAAACGAUAAAGCUUUAGCCUUUUUCCCCAAAGUCCCUUUUUAUCAAUCUUGUUGA